UUUUUUCGCUCAUCCCACGCAUAUUCUCAUCCAGCGAUUUUUUCUCUGCUGCAAAAAUACAUCCUAGCGCGAUAGUUGCGCGAUGCGUGAUUUAAUCCGUAGCCUUCAUUAGCCCCCCAUCCCUACAUCCAUGUCUACCAUACACACUACUGGUGCACCGACAGCCUCAAACCUAAUGGAAAGAUAGUCACGUUUUUUUCACUCGUUUUGUUUCCGCCAUGGUACAUUUCAAGCUGGGCUCCCUCCGACUCUUCGGACGACGCCGGGUUUCAAGCAAAAACAGAGAAAUCAGUAGAUCCCGAGCCUCGACGAGGGACCAAGGGUUUCCCGACGAUCCAAACCCUCGGACUUCGGAUACUGCUGGCUCCUUUGGGCCAAUUGUGUUUGGCGCGGAGGAAACGCCGCGAUUGCGGGUCAUCCGCGCAGUUCACUAUUUGUCCUGCUUCCGGUGCAACAAGGCCUAUCAAUUCGCCCAUGAGCUGGAGCAGGAAGCUGAUUGCUUCAUUUGUAAGGGCUCAGUCGACAGGUCGACGGAUGCCUCGUCAUCAUUGCCACAGCUGCUGGCCACGAAGUCCGACGUGUGGGCAACCAACAUUUGCAAAUGCUCAAAGGAGUUCGCUCGCGUACACACGCCAAUGACGACGCAAGGGGGAGGCAUCCCGAUUAUUUGGGACAUCACCGAGGAAAAUGUUGAGCACAUGAACGGACCGACGGAAAUCAACAACAAUAUUUCAAUUCGCACCGACGACCGUGACGACGCGGAAGCACUGGAGGUUGACUGCGAAAUGGAAAGCAUUCAUCGACCUGCCCUGACAACUGAAGGAUGUCAAACUGAUGCUGUUCAGAUAGUCCCUGCAAACUGCCCCAUCGAGGAUAAUAAGCAGAUAGCUCUGCAGAGACGUCGACGAGAAUUGGAACGAGCCCUGGCCGUGAUUGACCGCCGCCUCGAGUUUUCCCGGGGCCACUCGCCGUACCGCGGAUCGUCGCCGUUCACGGAAUCACGGACGCCGACUAUUGCUUCAUCCAGUGUCGCCGGCGGCAAUGACACCCAAUUCCAGGAAGUCGGCGCCGGUAACAUCGAGGACGUUCAUCCGGCGCUGAUGACUGCUGUUGCUGCUGCUGCUGCUGGUGAUGGUGCUGGGGCUCAGCUUUCGGGAUUGGGGCAAGCAGACAAAGCUGUGAUUACUGUCCGCGGACUCGUUCCAUCUUGCGCAAGUCUUGAACAGCGCAACAGUCGUCAUGAUCGAACCGCGUUGGCUUGA